AUGGUUGUUCCACAAAGACAAACUCCCCCAAUUGAGGAGCUACGCCGAUUCUACGUCGGCAAGAAUGUCAACGACGUUCCCAAACCCGCAGUUGUUCUUGACAAAGCUAGGAUCGGCCGCCACUGCAAAUCCAUGUUGGACUCUGUUGAUGCGCUAGGCCUGGGAUUCCGUGCGCACGUCAAAACUCACAAGACGAUUGAAGCCGCUCGCCUUCAAAUCGGUGAAGGAAACAGUGACGUAAAGCUCAUCGUGUCCACACUAGUGGAGAUUGACCAUCUUCUACCUUUGCUCAAAGGCUACAGAGAAUCAGGUCGUCGACUAGACAUCCUUUACGGUUUGCCGCUUCCUCGCUCCCAGAUCCCACGCUUGGCAGCCUUGGGCUCAGAGUUGGGCCCGGGCAGUAUCUCUGUUCUAAUUGACCAUCCGUCGCAACUUCAAUCCGUCAAAGCCUUUUCCCAGCAUGCCAAAUUUCCUGCAAGGGUGUUCUUGAAGGUGGACACAGGCUAUCACCGUGCGGGACUACCGCCGUCUUCACUAAACAAGAAUGGUCUGAUUGAAUCCCUUGCUCAGCUCGAGGCGAGUGGGGAGGCUGAGCUGUUAGGGUUGUACUCGCAUAGUAGUCUUAGCUACAAGGACUCAACUGCGGAACAAGCCAUGGCAAACUUGGAGGGUGAGAUUCAAGGGUGUCUUGACGCAGUCAAUGCUCAAGCGCACUUGUUCGCAAAGGACAAAGAGAUUGUAAUCAGUGUUGGUGCUUCCCCUCAAGUCACAGCUGCCGAGAACCUGGUUACAUCGGACGGAGACCUAUCACCGGCCGCUGAGUCGUUGCGAAAAGCUAUCAAGACUGUUACAGCUGGCCAACCUGGAGGUUUGCAGACCAAGCUUGAGCUUCAUGCCGGCGUAUAUUCCAUUCUUGACAUACAGCAAAUCUCCACCAAGUCGAGAAGAAAUCUGGGCUCGUACGAAGAAGAGAUUGCCAUUUCCGUCAUUGCAGAAGUGUGCAGCGUAUACAACGAUAACGAACGAGCUCACCCGGAAGCUUUGGUAGCUGUUGGUACACUGGGUUUAGGUCGUGAGCCUUGUGCAGCUUACUCCGGUUGGGGAGUGGUGAGCCAAAAGUCUUAUCAGGCUGGGACGAACGAAUCGAGACGCUUGAUCAUCGACAGAAUAAGCCAGGAGCAUUCCAUCGUGGCCUGGGAGCACGCCGAAGAUGAGGAAGUUUCUAAGAUACCGCUUGUGCCACUGGAAGUUGGACAAGAUGUGAUUAUCUUUCCGAAUCAUGCUUGUGUUACAGGGGCUUUGUACGGAUGGUAUCUUGUUGUUGACUCGUCUGAAGGGGAUGCCCAAAAGAUUGUUGAUGUCUGGAUAAGAGGUAGUGGAUGGUAG